CCAUCGCUGAGAGGAGGCCUGUGUGGUGUGGGGCGGGCCAGGAGCAAGGAGAGGCCUUCCUCCCUUUGUGCUCCCCCCUUCUCCUCCCCCCGGGGCCCUAUAAAUAGGCCCAGCCCGGGCUGUGGCUCAGUUCUCAGAGGGAGGCGAGCACCAGGCAGCGGUCUCAAGCCAAGCCCCCUGCCAGCAUGGCCAGCGAGUUCAAGAAGAAGCUCUUUUGGAGGGCGGUGGUGGCCGAGUUCCUGGCCAUGAUCCUCUUCAUCUUCAUCAGCAUCGGUUCAGCCCUGGGCUUCCACUACCCAAUAAAGAGCAACCAGACGACAGGUGCAGUCCAGGAUAACGUGAAGGUGUCACUGGCCUUUGGGUUGAGCAUCGCCACGCUGGCCCAGAGCGUGGGCCACAUCAGCGGUGCCCACCUCAACCCAGCCGUCACACUGGGGCUCCUGCUCAGCUGCCAGAUCAGUGUCCUCCGGGCCAUCAUGUACAUCAUUGCCCAGUGCGUGGGGGCCAUCGUUGCCACUGCCAUCCUCUCGGGCAUCACCUCCUCUCUGCCUGACAACUCGCUUGGCCUCAAUGCGCUGGCCCCUGGCGUGAACUCGGGCCAGGGCCUGGGCAUUGAAAUCAUCGGGACUCUACAGCUGGUGCUGUGCGUGCUGGCCACCACCGACCGGAGGCGCCGCGACCUCGGGGGCUCCGGGCCCCUGGCCAUUGGCUUCUCUGUGGCCCUGGGACACCUGCUGGCGAUAGACUACACCGGCUGCGGUAUUAACCCUGCCCGGUCCUUCGGCUCCUCGGUGAUCACGCACAAUUUCCAGGACCACUGGAUCUUCUGGGUGGGGCCGUUCAUCGGAGCAGCCCUGGCAGUGCUCAUCUAUGACUUCAUCUUGGCGCCACGCAGCAGUGACCUCACAGACCGCGUGAAGGUGUGGACCAGCGGUCAGGUGGAGGAGUAUGACCUGGAUGCUGACGACAUCAACUCCAGGGUGGAGAUGAAGCCCAAAUAAGGGGGCCAGGCCUGGGCAUCCACAUGGGGGGUGUGGGGGGCAGGGGCGGGCAGAGGGAGGGGAGGGCUGAAAUCUGUAUCAUAGACACUCUGACAAGCUGGCCAAAGUCACUUCCCGAAGAUCCACAGGGCCUGCGUGGCCAAGCCUGAUUUGGGACCGUUGCUAUCACCUUCUUUCUCUUUCUCCUUUUCUCGGCUUUGGGGAUCCCUGAGGACCAAGAUUUUCCAAUCACCCAUUCCCUUGAAGUCACAAAGGAGGUGAAAGAGAGGGACCCACCUUGCUAAGUUGUCCUUUCAGAGUGUGAUGGGAGGUAUGCCAGAAAGCCCCCUCCAUCCCCAAAUCGCUCACCAGCUCACCUGCCUCAGGUGCCUGGGGCUCCUCGGUGAUUGCUUUGUGCCUCCGGGCGUGGCCCUCUUUCCUGUAACAUGCACUUGCCCCAGGGAUGCUCUGAGGGGGAAGAGACCCCACCAAGUGCAGUGGUGGGUCAGGAGGCAGUCAGAGCCUGUCCUUGCAGCCUGGCUGGCUUCCAGGGCUGCUCCCCCAGCUCUGGAGGUGCUGUACAACCUUGGGAACGUCUCAGUCUUGGGGACUCAGUGACUCCAUCUGUAAAGUGGCAGGGGUAGGGAGAGCUACGUGGGCCCGAGACCCCUCUCCAGGAUUCUGUAAGUGUAGACACACUGCACAUUCUGGAAGACCUAGUCUGGCCCAGCGCUGCUUCUUCCACUUGCCCAGUAUAUAGUUGUAACCUACACAUCUAUGUGAACACAUGUACAUAGGCACACAUAUUCCAAAACAAAGAGCAAUAGGUCAGCCAGCCGUUGGAAGUUCCCGUUCCUAGGGGAGCAGGGCUGAGAGUGGACAGUCUGCUGUUGCAGAAUGAAGAUCAUCUGAGGGAGGGGGAGGAAUGUCCACGUUCCUUCACUGAGUUGUAGUUUAUCUUUUCCACCUAUCACUGCAUCACCCUCGUCGUCAUUUGGUUCUUCAGUUUCUCUUGCCAGUGCAGACACAGGUCAACAUUAUGUAGGGGUGUGUUGACUGAAAGACCCUUGGCCAUCUGAAGGUCAGCCUCUGGAGACAGAUGUCCUUGCUGGACCCUCAGCGAGGGUUCUGAGCCCCAAGCUGAUCCCGAGGUGGGAGGAGAAGCAGAUUCCUCCCUUAUUCCAGAGGUUCUGGUUGGAGGCACUGGGGGGAAGUUGGGUGACCUGCACAGGCUUCCUAGGCCAUAGGCUUCCCUCUUCAUUUAUUUGGAGGGGAGAAUUGGUCUUGACCGAAUGAAGUAGCUAUGGCUGCAGCCCAAGGAUAAAUCUGAGCACAGUCUGUUAGUGGGGGCAGCUAUCUACACAUUCCAUACAAUUCCACCAUGGCCAGAGUAGGUCCCCCCACGCCCCACAGCCACACAAACACUGAGAGAUACAAUACAUAGGGAUCUGAAAGCAGCAGGACGACCAGGAGGCCCUUUAUGGUCACAACGCAUCAUGACAUCCAUGCACUCUCUCCUCCAUUUCGCUUCUAGUCCAUUUAACAGAGAAAGAAACAGGCCCAGGACCUGGAGCAAGAUGAUGAUUUGGCCAGGCCUAGCAGCCAGGGCCAUGUCCCUGGACUGUGAGACUGGACCCUCUUAGACCCAGAUCCUGCAUUUCUGCUUGGGUAAUGGCCAGGUGCCAGGAAGGGUGAGGGGACUCUUGGAGGGGAGAGGGGGGCACUCCAUCUUGUCCUGUUCUGGCUGCUGCACACAGGACCCUGCAUCUGUCUGCUUUGCAUAUAUGUCUCUUUGGAAUUGGAAUUUCAUUAUAUGUUAAGAAAAUAAACAUAAUAUAGGUCAUCCAGA